AAAAUAAUGCGUCACGUUCACCACCAAUGAAAAUAAUCAUUGAAAAAUCUUCACAAUCAUCAACAGCUAUUAAUAAAAGUACUUUAAAUAGUAAUACUAAAUUAUUAACACAAACUUAUUUUCAAUCGUCUGACAAAACAACUUCAUCUACAACCACAUCUAAAAUACCCGUUAAAUUAAAAUCUAUUUCGUUUGAUGAACAUCAUCGUUCAUCUACAAUAUCAUCAACAUCAUCUGUAUCAUCAAGAAAUAAAAGUGUUCUAGAACAUUUAGUAUUUGUUUUUCCAGAUAAUGUUAAACGAAUGCUUGCCGGUGGUAAUAGGAAUUUGACCGUGCGAAAUGACGAAGGCAGACCCCCACUAGAACCAAUUGACCUUGGUGAACCGCCAUCUAUAGAAGAAAUCAAAAGUUGGGCAGAUUCAUUUGAAAAACUUAUGCAAAGCCAAGGAGGUCGACAUCAUUUUCGAGAGUUUUUACGUUCUGAAUAUAGUGAAGAAAAUAUGUUAUUUUGGUUAUCCUGCGAAGAAUUAAAAACUGAACAAAAUCCAGAAAUUAUCGAAGAAAAAGCCAGACUAAUCUAUGAAGAUUACAUAUCAAUAUUAUCCCCUAAAGAAGUCAGUCUAGACAGUCGUGUACGCGAAGUAAUUAAUAAAAAUAUGGUCGAUCCUACGCCACAUACGUUUGAAGAAGCCCAAGUACAAAUAUUUACUCUCAUGCACAGAGACUCCUAUCCAAGAUUUAUUAAUUCACAAACGUAUAAACGACUUUUACGUGGCGAUACCAAAGUGUGA